AUGUCUGGGCGUGCGCUACCGGACGGCGGCAUCGAGCUUCAUCGCCAAACAGCCUCAAAGACAUGCGUUUUCUGGGACGAAUUUCCUCCCUUUGUUCCCAAACGCACAAAGCCCUUCAAGGAGGAGUUUGAUCGUUUGGCUAACCAGGAGGGAUGGGGCAAAAAGAAAAAGCGCGAGUAUCUUGUGAAGGCCUUGAACGCUGAGAUCGACUUCCAUAGCGAUAAGACAACCGGAUUAGUUCGCUGGCAACGCCUGUGCCAAGAACUCGGGCUUAGCAAUGAGCCAAAAUCAAAAACGCAAUGCAAGAGAGUUCUCAAAUCCCGCUUCGUGAACCUCUAUACACUUUUGGAUCACCGUCGAAACCCGGAUGUCCCGGUGGUAUGCUUCAACUCAUUCAAGGAGCUCCUUCACGACAUACGCAGAACAGGAAACUUUCCACGCGAGUGUGCGAAGCAGGACGGAUAUAUGAAGAUUUUUUUGCAAAGAUUGUAG